UUUUUAAAAUUAUUUUUUAUUUUAGGUGAGUAUCAGAUAUUCCCCUCCAAGACCAGGUAAAAGCAAUGGCAAAACUAUUUAACUUAUAAUCCAUGCUCUUUUUAUCAUUAAAUAUGUCGUCCUGUCUCAGCACUUUUUUAAAAAAAAACUUAAUAUGUUGAUUAAGACGUGUUCCAUCAAAACAAUUGCUUUUUGAUAACAAAAUCUACUGUAUACGCUGUUUUAGGCCUCCACCUGAUUUUACGGGCGUGGUCGAUACGUUUUGAUCCUCCCACCCCGUUUCUGAUUGGUCAGAACAUUACCCUUCCGGCUCCACCUGAAGCCACCCACCCACCCACACCUGGCUUUAUAAAUCCCCAUCAAGACGCUGAAACACUCUUAUGUAGACGAUGUGAUGGGUGAGGGGGUGAAGUUGUGAGGUUGGAUUAAGGGGGGUUUUCUGGAUACUGUGUCGACUAAUACUGUAGGUAUUUUGUCCGUAUAGCGUUUCACCAGUUUUGGACCCUACAGAGAUGGCGGAUUGGAAGGUCCCAGUGAGCUACAACUACAGUCCGUCAUACCAUGCUUACGCGUAUGGGUUAGUGUACCAGCAAACCCCUGAGCAGACCCACGCUAAUAUGAGUUGGGCAGAGGCUGCUUAUGGGUCUUCUGUAGGGAUGGCAGGGGGUUACUACACCUCACAGCCGCCGCCGUCUUCUCAAACUCCACCCGGGAGUCCGGAAUACAACAACCCGGCCUCUGAAGGUCAUUACCCGGGUGCAGUCGUGUACUACGCGGACGCGAAGGCGCACACACAGACCGGUCGUCUUUUCCUCGCGCACAACCGGGUCCAGUUUGACCAAAGGAGCAAGGAGCAGGAGCGAGCAGGGAGUGACACGCCGAGCGACUCCGAGUCCCACACACCAGACUCUUGGAGCUCGGGUAGCAGUCGGGAAGGCAGCGCGGCUCAAGUGGAUCUGGAUCACCACGACUGGAUUAAAAAAGAGCAGGCGCACGAGCCCGACAGCGGCAGCCUCGACACAAACGAGGUCGCAUCCAACUCUCUGUCCGCGGCCUCAGAGGGUCCGGAGUGUCUGACCGUGGAGAGAGACGGGGGAUUGCCAGCAGCGUCUCAUGAGGCCGCGGCGCAGCAGCAGACGCGCAAGGCGAAAGCGCGCACCGCCUUUUCCGAGGAGCAGAUGAGCGCGCUAAACGACCGCUUCAAUGUGCAGAGAUACCUCACCCCUGCAGAGAUGAAGACUCUAGCAGGACUCACCGGGCUCACCUACAAACAGGUGAAAACCUGGUUUCAGAACCGCAGAAUGAAGCUAAAGAGGCACCAGAAAGAUAGUAGCUGGGUCUCGGAGAGGUACAUCACAGCUGGGAUCCCAAAUGGACAGACGACCCAUGCUCAGUUCCAGGUAGAUGCACCAAUGCUAACCCAAGAUCUUUAUAACAACCCACAGUUUAGAGAUGCUGUAUUCAAGAAGAGCCCUCCACAGACCUCCUUUUACCUCAACUACUCUCUGCCCCGGUCUCCUUCCCAGAUCUCAACCGGUCGUCAGGGAAGUUGGCGUCUGCCCCCAGCUGUGCAGCACUAUGAAUUCCUCAAUCCUUCCAGCUAUGUGCCAGUUGGUGGGGAUGCUGGUACUGGCGAUGUUGGCACUGUUGAUCCAAGCAGCAGCCCUACGCAGAUGGCCACAGCACACAACGCAACACAGUGGUCAUCUUGAGCAACUGCACUUGGCUGUCUGUAGUUUGUGACGUUGUGUGUAAAUAGUUUUGGAUCCAACUGCUUUUUAUUAUAGCUCAGGGUUUCCCUGUUAUACUCUGGAGGGGCUGGGGUCUGGCACAAUUUGGUUAUUUCUCUGCUCUGUUUAUUAGGUGUAAAUGUGAAAUGUGUCCGAGCGGCAUAAUUCAAGAACAACUCUAGACCCAGACUCUCCAAGAGUGGAAUUGGGAAUCCUGUUAGCUUUGAUGUAAGGAACCCUUGUAUAUUUUUAAAAAAUUUGCUGAAAACAGUCGACUGUGCAAAAUUGUCAAUGCUUUAUGAGCAUGGAAAUGGUUUUUGUCCCUCUUACUUUUAUAUGGAAGAUCUAUUUUUAUAACUUCAAUGAACCUUCCAGAGUAUUUAAUGUCUUAUCAGGUACCCUUGCUCUUCUUAAUCUCUGCUAUGUUCAAGGUGUUUUCUUCAGCCCCUGUCUUUCAAGCUGUCUUUUGGAACCACUCUUGCUUGUACUACACUUGCAUGUUGUCAUGGGGUGAUGAGGAAUAAAUGUUUUUUUCCCCCCCUGGUGUUCUUGCCUAAAAGCAAACGUUUAUGUGGCCCUAACUCUUCCUAUAUUUGUGCAGUAAGCUAAGGUAUCCAAAACCAUUUGUGUUAGUCAUAACUGUAUACUAGAAUGCCAACUUGUGCUUUGUGUCUGGUUGGCUACCUUGAAGACUUGCUGAGACAACAAUGACCAAAGAAGGCAUGUGCUCCAUGUAUUUUUUUUUUUCCUCUUUUUUUUUUUUUCUUUCUUUUUCUUUCUCCAUUGAAUUGUGUAGCCUAAACCUUUACAUGACUGCUGUUUAAGCCAUCUAGGAUGGAUACAGGUUUUGGACAGUUGUCUUUUAUAUUAAAUGUAUUCCUUGAAACCUUUUCAUACCUGAGGUAAUUCAUCCAUGUCAAUAACUAGCAAGCCAAACUGUCUGUCUUUGUACAGGAUUUGUUGUGUUUUUUUUUUUUUUUUUUUUUUUUUAAAGUAUCUGAAGUUAAGAACAAAAUGAACAUGUAUGGAAAUUAGGCUCCAUCUAAUUUAAAUAUGAAUGUAAUUUCUUGCUUGUAUCUUUAAUGAAUGGUUUAAAUCUACAUCAAAACACCUUUGGUUUUAAUUUGGCAAUUAAAACAAAUUGAAUGUUUUGAUGUAGAUUUAAAACAUUUCACCAUGGUGUUCUCAAGAUGAAGGUAAUCUUUGAUUAAAUGAAAGUGACUUUCCAAACUAUUCCAGUUUGGAAAUCCUUUGUUAAAAAGAAAAAAAAAAUUCUAGCUGGGGAUAAGCAUGGACAUGAAUGCAGGUUGUCUAGAAAUGGACUCCUGACUUUAUUAAAAACAAUUAAAUUUUUUUUUUUACAGUAUUAUACAGUAUCAGGAAAGUUUUCAGGCACAAAUGCCAUGAUUGUGAAGGAGGUGGAGCUUAUGCCACUUUCAAAGUUGCUAAGUUUUGGAUUAUUUGCAUUAUCA